UUUAAGUUUUUUUUUUUUUUUUUUUUUUUUUUUUUUUAUGCUUAUGUUAUUGUCAGUAGAUUUAGGCAGAAGCCUGGCACGCUCUUUUUGCUUACAUCCUGCAGGUCGGUUGUGAGGACUACAGCUAGACUGGUCCAUCACUGCCUUUGGCCUUCCCGGCCUAGAAGCAGAAUGCUUCGACUUGGUACAGAGAGACUCAAGUAUAUCCAGUAUAGCGAAGUGCAAUAUCCCAUAUGCUGAACGAACUCAAAAGAGACAGUUCUAGGUUUCCUGAGCUGACAGAAAGAGCAACAGUUGGAAGCAAGCUCUGUGCCAUCCUCACAAUACUAUCUACAUCUCAGUAAAAAACAAAAAAAACGGAAGACACUAAAGCUGUCACUGCCCUGGUGAUUUGCUUUCUCACCAUAUUUUACCUCCUUUUUUGCUUUAGAUGUACUCCUUUUAUCAGGCCGGUUUCCGUUUUCUGUUUUAGACAGAAAUUUUGAAAGCUUUUAACAAGACUCAGAGUCCAAACUCUCUUAUUUCAAAGUAAAACCUGAAUGCAUUAACUACAAAAUCCGUGUUCUAAACAUUUUAUCCUCUACCUCUUUUAAGUUGUAAAACCAAAAGUUUAAAAUACCACCACUCGUUUAUGGUUCAGCCACAGUUCAGCCACAGGGAACACUAAUUCAAUUUUAAGUGUGUUUUCAUAUUGCUUUUAUGUUGCUUUUACCAAAAACUCUUUAGCCAUAUAUUUUUUUUUUAUAGCCUGUAGCUGUUUUAAGUUAAAUGAUGUUUGAAAAAUGACCAAAAUGGCUUUUAUAAACAAAAAUCCAAGAAAAUUAUUCAACUUAUCUCAGAGGCAUUCAUAAAAGCUUUUUCUGUUUUUCUCCCUUUCUUAAAACUUAUGCUGGUCUUAAAGGGUCAGGAAACAGUUGAUGGCUUUAGAGUAGAGUGCUUUCUUUAGUGGAGUGCAGAAAUCUUGAUCUGUGCACUUUUUUUUAAUUUAUUUCCUUUUUUUAUUCAUUGGUCAUUGACUCGGCUAUAACUAUGCAAAGAAUCUAUAUUUUCUUUAUCUUGAGUAGAGGGGGAGAAGAACUGAUAUUCCUUCCUUAGCCUGUUUUCUAAACAAGCAAACACACACACACACACACACACACACACACACACACACACACACUCCUCCAAAAGGGUGGUUUCUCGGUGACUGCUCCUCCUGGUGGACCCUGGGUAAUGCCGAGUAGCAGUAAGAGUGGGGGGUUGUCUGACCCCGCCUCCCCUCCCCACCCUACCGUUCCAUCCCGCCCUUUUCGGCCCAGCCGUUAUGUUCCAGUAUCUGCAGCAACAGCCUUCCUGGUGGGAGCAACAACACUCUUUUUCUGCUUCACGUGCCCAUGGCUUUCAGAGAAUUUUUCAGUUGCCAUACCAAUAUACAAUGGCAUAAUCUUCCUUUUUGUGUUGGCCAACUUCUGUAUGGCCACCUUCAUGGACCCAGGCAUCUUCCCAAGAGCCGAGGAAGAUGAGGAUAAAGAGGACGAUUUCAGAGCACCACUCUAUAAAACGGUGGAGAUUCGGGGUAUACAGGUGCGCAUGAAGUGGUGUUCAACAUGCCGGUUCUACAGACCCCCACGCUGCUCACAUUGCUCAGUGUGUGACAACUGUGUGGAGGACUUUGAUCACCACUGUCCGUGGGUGAACAACUGUAUAGGCAGGAGGAACUACCGCUACUUCUUCCUGUUUCUGCUCUCUCUGACAACUCACAUCAUGGGUGUCUUCGGGUUUGGGCUGCUCUUCAUCCUGUACCACACACAGCAGCUUGACCGAGUGCACUCGGCAGUCACUAUGGCUGUUAUGUGUGUAGCAGGACUUUUCUUCAUCCCAGUAGCAGGCCUUACUGGUUUCCACAUUGUACUGGUAGCAAGAGGCAGAACCACUAAUGAGCAGGUAACAGGAAAGUUCAGAGGAGGUGUGAACCCCUUCACUAAUGGCUGUUGGAGAAAUGUGACACGUGUUCUCUGCAGCUCCCAGGCACCCAGGUAUGUGGGCAGGAAGAGGAAGGCACAGACGGUGUCGGUUCAGCCGCCAUUCUUGAGGCCACAACUCUCUGAGGCACAGCUGGCAGCCAAGGUGCUUGACAACGGUAUCCAUGGAGAUCUGCACCGGUCCAAAAGUAGUUUAGAGAUGAUGGAGAGUCAGUCUGCUGAUGCUGAACCACCUCCUCCUCCGAAACCAGAGCUUAGAUACCCUGGCCUGUCGAGAGGACCUGCUGAAGAGAGCAGCCUGUUAAAUAAAGCUCCACCAACUCCAUCCAUGUACAAAUACCGACCUACAUACAGUAGCCCAGGGAAGAACCACACAGCUCUGACUCACGCCUAUGCCAAUCAGAUGAGUCGUGGGGACAGUCUAAAGGAGUCCUCCUCCUCUCUCCUCCAGUCCAGUCAGCAGCCGGGUUUCCGCUCCGAGCCCAGUCUGGAUGGCCGUGAAGGAGGAGGAGGAGAGCGAGCGGGUGCUGAGCGACCCUCUGGAGGUCAUGGGGCACCGCCAGCCCCUGGAAUCUCUGCCUUUUCCUUUGGGGGUCGCUCUUACCCCUCCUUCUCUGACCCCACUGUGCUCUCCGGAGGUGCUUCUCGCUCCUCUAGUGUGCGCUCCACCACCCACAAUGCACCGCCCUCUGAAGCCUCCAGCUACAAGAGCUCAGCCAAUCAAACGCCACCACCCCGCAAUGGCAGCUUGUCCUACGACAGUCUUCUUACACCCUCUGAAAGCCAGAAUUUUGAAUCCACAUCACCCAACACACCGCUUGGCUACACUUCUCCAUUUCUGUCUGCACAGAUUGCCCAGCAGCGAGAGGAGGAGCUUCACCAGCCCUCCUCCUCCAGCUCUGCCCUGCUUGCUUCACCUCAUCGUGGCACCGCCUACCUGCGUAGCCCUGCCUCGCCUCCACCACUACCUGAACGAGAACGUGAAAGGCUGCUUCAUGAUGCACAGACUCGUCAACACCAUCACCACCACCACCACCACCAUCAUCACCAGCAUCGACCGCCUCGCUUUUCUCGCCCCCCGCUUUUAUCUGAUUCAGGCCUGCCAAGGCCAUCUAACCCUUACCGUACACGCUCCACAGAUGCUCCACUGCCCCCUUCUACCCACCCACCACGCACAGGUCACCCACCUUUAGGCAAAUCUCUGUCUUACUCGAGUGCAGCAGCCGCUGAAAUGCAGUAUCGCCUUGUGCGUAAAGCCUCCGCCUCCACCUCGGCUGGGGCAGGGGGCAUCCAGGCGCCCAAGGACGAGAUUCAGAUGAAAUCUUAUAGUCGGACAAAUGGGCAGUCUAAAUCGCCUCAUCCUCAGUCUCCAUCUUCGACCCCCUCUUCUCCGUCUCAUCCAGUCAGUGUCUUCACACGACCAGGACACGCCUAUCCCAGUGUUGGCUCUUCUCAGAGCCCUGUUCACAAGCCUGGAGGUGGGGUUAAGAAGGUGACGGGUGUAGGAGGGACCACUUAUGAGAUAUCAGUUUGAGUGAUGGGCAGCUGCUUGACCAGGCCUGUGGCAUCAACUGGGCCAGUGACCUGCCUCCUCUACUUGCACGGUCAAAGUAGAGAUUCACUACACUGUUGGAAAUGUGUUGAACACAACAGACAUUUAUUUCAAAAGCUGGAGUAAAUGAAGGGACUCCGGACCUGUGCUUUACUUUUAUAUAUGGGGAAAGUUUGAGAAAACUGACCAGCUGAUGUGAGGUCAGGUAAGACACUGUGGAGGAGGGGGAGAAGAGUUGCUUGUCCUGGACUUCUUGACUUGCCAUUAAGGAGGAGGUGUGAUGCUUGAGUUUGACAGAUGCCUGGACAGCCUUGAAAAAUAAAAUUAUGAAAAAGGUUGCUUUAUAUCAGCUGUGUAAAUCAAAUUGUAUGUUAUGUACAGAAGGAAAAAAAAUGGCUACAUUUUUCCCAGGGGUGUUCUUCAAAUGGUUGGACUUUAAUCAGCAACUUUAUAUUCUUGUUAUUUUGGACCACUGUGAUUGGCUCAUGACCAUUCUACGUCGGUGCAUUAACCAGUCAGAAGCUGAGAAGUAAUAGUGAAUAAUAAAAUGGUUUAAAUUGUUGUUUAUCAAGAUGAUCCUUUUCAAGAGAGCAUUUUCAAGCAAUGGUCUUGGAAAUCAAUAAGAAAUGUUUUUAUUUAAUAUUUCAGUCUUAUUUUAUAUGGAUUUAUAAAUAGCUAUUGAUGAUUAAGCAUUUCAGGUGUGAUAGAGAAGCGCAGGUUUUACGUAGGUCCUGUGAUCAGCAUGUUAAUUAUGAAGAUCAGAGAAUCUCUUCAAAACGUGCAUUACUCAAAUGCAGCCUGUGUUUUUUUUUACUUGGGCGGAUGGGAUUUGUAUCCAGUUUGGGUUUUUAAACAAUCUAAUGGGUGGGGAGGGAGACUUGUCUAGUUUUGAAUGAUGGUUGCUACGACCACUCGGCGGCUGAGCCUACGUCUAAAGGUUAAGACAAGCCUCAGAGUCAGCCAGGUGAAUCCUAUGUAGCAUCUGAAUAUACACGGCACACAGGUGAGCACAUUUUGUGGGAUAUAUUUUCAGAGUUACCUUGUAAUGUCUGUCUGUGAGAUGAUGUCUGCUUUGGUUUAUCAAUUCCUAUUGAAGAGACUUUUUCUAGUGCCCUUGUCUAGCUGACUAAGUAGAGAAGAAAGGUGGGAAACCAGUGCACUUGGAUUGGAGAAUGGCUGAACCAGUCAGUAAGUGACUGCUGUAGUUAUGAAUUAUAAAAUGCCUUUUUUUUAUUUAAUUUUUACUUUUGAAAAAUAAUGUAUAUUGUGGAUAUUUUGCAAGUUUGUGUUUCAGUGAUUCCUCAAAAUGUUGGUGGCUUUGGAUUGAAAUGUAGAUCAUGUUUGUACAAUCAGUUGGAGGAAAAAAAAAUUGACGGCCACUUCAACAGUUCCAUAUGAAAAUAAAAAACAGAAAAUAUUUGCCAUCUGGAUCAGUAUGUUUAAUUAAGAAGGAAAAGGUGUACUGUAUAGCUGUGUGUGAGUGAAUGUGUGUCUGUGUGGGUGAUUAUGGUUGAGCAUUGUUAAUAAACACUUUAUAAACUCUUUGA